ACCUGCACAUAGCCAAAAUCAUGUUUUCUUUCUGCUGGAUAUCAUAAUCAUAUGACUUUUGUUCGGCUCGGGUAGACAGUCUUAUUUUAAAAUUUAGCUACUAUCAGUAACCAUAACUUGCAAACAGUGAUUUCGAAGAUUAAUGAUGAGGAAAAAGGUGCUGUUGAUGGGAAAGUCAGGGAGUGGUAAAACGAGCAUGCGUUCGAUUAUAUUUGCAAAUUUCAUUGCAAGAGAUACUAGAAGGCUUGGUGCAACAAUUGAUGUUGAACACUCUCACGUUCGGUUUCUUAACCUUGUUUUAAACUUGUGGGAUUGUGGAGGCCAAGAAGCAUUCAUGGAAAACUAUUUUGCCAGUCAAAGAGACAAUAUAUUUAAAAGUGUAGCUGUUUUGAUCUAUGUAUUUGAUGUGGAAAGUCGUGAACUGGAGAAAGACAUACAUUAUUAUCAAUCCUGUUUGGAAGCCAUAUGGGAACAUUCAAGAGAGGCAAAAAUAUUUUGUUUGAUUCACAAAAUGGAUUUGGUACAAGAGGACCAAAGAGACGCAGUCUUUCAAAAACGUGAGAAUGAAUUAAAGGAGUUAUCAAAACCAUUAGAGUGUGUCUGCUUUCCAACAUCAAUUUGGGAUGAAACUUUAUACCAGGCGUGGUCGUCGAUAGUUUAUAAACUCAUACCCAACGUGUCACAAUUGGAGCAAAAUUUAGGUAGAUUCGCUGAAAUUAUUGAAGCUGAUGAGGUCUUGCUGUUUGAAAGAGCUACAUUUUUGGUCAUUUCACAUUGUCAGAGAAAAGAACACAAAGAUGUACAUCGCUUUGAGAAAAUUAGCAAUAUAAUAAAACAAUUUAAGCUAAGCUGCAGCAAAUUACACACCCAGUUUCACAGCAUGGAAGUGCGAAACAGCUCAUUUGCAGCUUUCGUCGAUGUCUUUACACCAAAUACAUAUGCAAUGGUUGUUCUUUCUGACACUUCAAUAUUGUCCGCAGUAACUUUACUAAAUAUCAAAAAUGCAAGAAAACAUUUUGAAAUGUUGGAAAAGAUGGAUCAAGAAGCUCUGGCGAGGUAGUUAGAACGCUGACUCUAUUCGUGUAACAAAAAUUCUCAACGAAAAGAAAAAAAGUGUUAAGUUUCGGAGGAGCAUUUGUUAAUCACCCCACCGGCUACUUUUACAUGUACCCCAAGUAAAUACUGUUUUUAACACGGAGCUAUCAUUCUUUCAAUGUCUGCGAUCAAACCUGCGUUGCUAUAAUCUGAUGGCAUGUAAAAUAUUGUUCAUGGAAGUUUUUUAGUCCCUUAUCCGUCUCCCUUCUACGAAAUAUGGAAAUAACGUAUAAUUUUUUUUGAAAUUAGGAUUUCUAGCUAUCACAUUGCUGUAUUUUUAAAAUCAACUUUACAUAUUAUGCGGAAGUUACGGUUGAACGUGUUCCUAAUUACAACAGGUGUACUUUUUUUUAUAUAUAAUCGUGUGUACUAUUAAUUAUAGAUUGUUAUUAUUAUUUCAAGUCGUAAUUUUUCUUUUUUCUUGUAUGUAUAGUAUAAUUUACGCAAUGAAUAUGUUAUAAUGCAUUUGUAAA